AUGGCACAGAAUUUGAUGAUGACUUGUAGAUUAAAUAAAGCGAAUGAUAAUUCUAUUUACAAUAUAUCACAUAAAAGAAUUUAUAAGCCUAUAGAAUUAGAAUUGCAAACAUCAGGGGGUUUUAAGGUCGUUAAAAAUUCAUUUUAACAUUAAGAUGAUUAAUAAAAUUUUGAUUAAAGGUAAAAAUAUCCAUUAAAUUCAAAAAAUAUAUUUGAUGGAGGAUUUCUUUCUGAAGAUUAAGAAUUUUAGAAUUUACAUAAAACAAGAAAAGAGAUGAAUGAAAGUAAGAGAUAAAUAGAUUAGAUAAUAUAAUAACAUAAUCAUUUAGGUUUAUUAAAUGUUAUAUUAUUUAAUUGUAAGUAGUAAAUAGAUGGAUAAUAUAAUACAAUUUAUAAUGGUAAUAGAAUUAAAAUAAUGAUAUGUAUAACUAUGUAUUCUGAGAAAUUAUCUGAAUUAGAGAAAUCUUUGAAUGGGAUUGGAAAGAAUAUUGAUUAUUUUUUAGAAAUGUAUUAUUAUCUGUGAAAUUAGUGGAAUAGCACCACAUUAAAUAGCAGUGACAGUAAUAUUUGAUGGUAUAAUAAAUGUUUGUAAUAUUCCUGGAGCAUAUCGUGAUAAUAUAAUUCGUACUAAUUGAAUAUUAAAUUUAGCUUAUUUUUAAAGUGAAAUAGAUAAAAAGUAUGGAAUAGAUUCUUAAAAAACAUUGACAUAUUAAUAUAAUAUGUAUUCUGAAUAAUGGAAAAGAUUUUAGGAUUAUAAGCCUGAGAAUAUAAAAUAUUUAAGAGCACAUCCUGAUGAAUUAUUAAAAAAAUAUAAGAAACAUAGAGAGGCUUUAAAAAAAACGAUGAUAAGGUUGAAAGGACCUUAAUAUAAUUUUGUGGAAUAAGAUGAAUAUAUAGAAUAGAAUAUAGUUGAUGCAAUGGAAGAUUAAUAUUAUAGAGCAAAAACAUAUUUAGAGAAUAGAAAGAAUACUUCAUGGGUAUAUUAGGAUGCCUUGCAUCAUAAAAGUUCAGAAGGUACUUUACCAAUAUUUUACACAUUUAAAUUUACAAAUGGAUCAAAAUUAUCAUCUCAUAUGUGGUUUUUUAAAGGUUUUUGUUAAGAAAUUUAACCAGAUUAUUGUGUAUUAAUGGAUGUUGGAGCUAAUCCUGAAAAAGAUGCAAUAUUUUAAUUAAUAAUGUCUAUGGAAGAAAAUCCAAAAUUAGGUGGAGUUUGUGGAACAAUGAGAGUUUAAAUUGAAGAAGAUGAUAAAGAUGAUGUUGAUCUAGAUAUAGUAACAAAUAUUUUAGUAAAUAAAGUAUUUUCAAUAUAAAAAUGUUAAUCUUGUGAAUAUGAUAUUGCACAUUUACUUGAUAAAUAAGCAGAAUCAGCACUUGAUUUUAUUCAUGUUUUACCUGGAGCAUUUUCUGCUUAUAGAUAUAAUGCAUUCUUUAAUAAUUAUCAUGAUAAUUAGAAUAAUGCAAAUACAUCUAAUCAACAUGUUCAAGUAAAUUAAAACGAUAAGGAAAAAAUUUUAGAUAAAUAUUUGAGAUAAGUAUUAGAUUAAAAUUAUGAACAUUAAACUCUUUAAGAAGCAAAUAUGUUUUUAGCUGAAGAUAGAGUACUUUGUAAAUUACUUUAUUGUAAUGGAUAUUAUUUGAGAUACAUUCCUAAUUCAUUUGUUUAUGUUGAUCCUUGUCCUUCACUUAAAUUAUUGAUUUUAUAAAGAAGAAGAUGGAUAAAUGGAUCAUGGCAUGCUUUAUCAUAUAUAUCUGAUAAUUAUGAUCAAGAUUUAAGAACUAGUAAACAUUCUUGGUGGGAUAAAUAAAAAUUUAUAUUUUCUAUUACUCAAGCUAAAAUUUAAUAACUUAUGAUUUAUUUUAUGGAAUCAUUUUAAGUUCUAUGGCUAUAUAUGAUUAUGUAUGCUAUUGUAGAUACAGGAGAUCUUGGCUUAAACAAUUUUAUAAUCUCCACAGUUAUUGCUUUUUAUGUUUUUCUAAUUUUUAUGAUUAUAUAUUUGUCUAUUAAUUAUGAUCCUGCUUUAAUUAGAUAAUUAGAAACACCAGAAAAAUAAAAAGCAGAAGUAGAUUAUUAUUUUUCCAGAUUAUUUUUUGUAUCAACUUGUUUAGGAUUUAUCAGUCUUGGCACUGUUGUGUACACUGUUUAUUUAUUAAUAACAGAAAUAUUCUUCAAUUAUGGAUUUAAUGAUAUAGUUGAAAAACCUCAAGUUCCAUAAAGUUAUUAUUUAGUUCUUGUUGUUGUAUCAAUAGGUGCAAUAGUCUUACCAAUUUUAUCAUCUAUUUUUUAAUUACCAUAAAACAUAUUUAAUGCUGCCUUAACAAUGAUACCAUACUUUUAUUAUUAACCUACUUAUAUGCAUUUAUUUGUUGUCUAUUCAUUUUGUAGAAUUGAUGAUUUAUCUUGGGGUACUAAAGGAUUAACAAAUGCAGGUUCAAGUUCAGUCAAUUCAGAUAAAGCAUUUUAAAAAUUUAAGUUUUUAUUAACUUGGCUUGUAUUAAAUACUAUCUUUACUGCUGUUUUGUUGAUAUUAUUUUAGAUUUAAAUAUACUUGCUUCCAUAAGGACUUAUUUUAUUUAUUUCAGUUAUAUUAACAAUUCUUACAAUCGUCAAAGGAUUUUUAGCCUUAUGGUAUAGAGUUAAAUUUUGUUUCAUUGACAGAAACAUGAAAUUAUAUAUAAAAGAUAAAUCUCGACAUAAAACUUUGAAAGAUCAGUAAGAAAAUUUUAAUAGAAUAAAAACAGCUCUAAAACAAUAAAUCCAGAGUAACUAAAAUAUAUACACCCAACAUAAUGAAAAUAACUUUGAUGAUCCUCUCAAAAACAGUUACAUAAGAGCAUCGAUAUUUACUGCCUAUUUAGAACACUAUUUUAAAUAAAAGUGA